UUCUCUUUUUUUCCCCCCUCUGCUGCACAGAUUUGCUGUAAGUGUUGGCUACUGGGACGACCCUUACAUCCAGUAUUUUGUGAGACAAGCCAAAGAGAGAAAAGCACCUGAAAUCAAUAGAGGCUAUUAUGCUCGUGUUCAUGGAGUCAGUUAUCUGAUUAAAGCUUUCCUAAAGAAGACGGAGUGCAACUGUCAAAUUGUUAAUCUUGGGGCCGGCAUGGAUACCCUGUUCUGGAGAUUAAAGGACGAAAAUCUUCUCCCUAAAAAAUAUUUUGAAGUGGAUUUUCCAAUGAUAGUUGCAAGAAAAAUACAUAAUAUCAAAUCAAAACCUCCCCUGUCAAAACCAAUUAUGGAAUCCCAUUCAGGAGACUCUCUUCUAAUAGAUUCUCACAGCCUAGACUCCACUCGCUACGCCAUAGUGGGAGCGGAUCUCCGUUUCUCGUCAGAUCUGGAGGAAAAGCUAAAGAAACAUAACCUGGAUAUACAUUUGCCGACGCUUCUGGUAGCGGAGUGUGUGCUGGUUUACAUGACGCCACAGCAAUCUGCAGAUCUUCUAAAGUGGGCAGCAAGCACUUUUCCAGUGGUGAUGUUUAUAAAUUAUGAGCAGGUGAAUAUGACGGACCGGUUCGGGCAGAUCAUGAUUGAGAACUUGCAGAGACGACAGUGUAACCUGGCCGGAGUGGAAGUCUGCAGGUCCUUGGACUCUCAGAGGGAACGAUUGCUGUUAAACGGCUGGGAGACGGCACGUGCCAUUGAUAUGAUGAAAGUGUACAGCUUUUUGCCACAGGCUGAUGUCAAAAGAAUAGAAGGACUUGAAUUCCUAGACGAAAAGGAACUGUUUGAGCAACUCAUGCAGCACUACUGCAUCUGCUGGGCUUCGAAAGACAGCAGUAAUCUGGGCCUUGCAAACAUCACGUUCUGA